ACAUUUUUAGUGUGAGCCAUCGCCGUCGUUAAUAUUUGUUGACGCAGGGCUUUGCUAUACACAAACCGCAAAAUAAGCAUAAAAAUUACAUUGUUUUUAAGAUUGCGAAAAUUGAUUAUUUUGUUUAGAAAAAUACAUAAAGCGAUUGAAGUCUUUGUUCCCUUAGAUUUUUGUUCUUACAACUCAAUAAAAGACACACAAGUCCCGUUAGAGUUUAUAAUCCUGUUAGAAAUGCCACCAAAAAAGAAAACUGUAGCCAAUGGUUUUAUGAAUUUCACCUUUGAAUGGAAGUCCAAAUAUGGAAGAAAUUUGACAUUGACAGAGGCCACCCAAGAGGCGGGCAAAGUAUGGGCGACCAUGCCUCCAGAGGAACGUGCUGCUUAUAAGGAAAAGGCCAAAGAGCAGAAGAUUAUUUUGAAAUCUAGUAAAAAUGUUGAAAAGUUAACUUGCACCGGCACACCGGUUGCCUUUAUGGAAAGAGAAAAACAAGAUUUGGAAAAUAAGGAGCGACAAAUGAAACGUGAUAUUGAGAGUACCGUGAGUCGGAGUGUUAAAAAUGAUGAACUGGAAUUAAAAUCCUAUUACUUCAUAAUGGUUAACUAUUUCACAAAAACCCUUAAGGGUGGUGUUUAUGUACCUGCUGAGCUGUCUGUUUGUGAAUAUUCCCUAAAAGAUGGUGUUAAACGCAUGUACCAAACCCUUAUUAAUCCAGGUGUCAACAUUUAUGGCCAUCAAUAUGAGGCACAACAUCAUUCGGAUACCACACACAAUCUUCCCUUGCCUCCCAAUGCCUUGGGUGAAAAGAAUUUAGGUAGUAUUUAUAAUGAUAUUUUAAAUUUCAUACGCGAUGAGGAAACCAACGACUAUCCUCCACUCUACACCCAUCGUGAUGGUAUACAUAUUGUGGAAUCUGUAUUGGAAUUUCUUAAAGCUGACGUGGGAGCAAAUAAUAUUGAUUUAAAGAUUUAUCCCAUACAAUAUCUAUUCUUUAUCAUGAAAGAAGCCACCUGUGAGGUGGGUGAAUUGGAGAAACCAAAAAGUUUUUACAUAACUGAUGCCUUUUUUGAACGUGAUUUCUUUGAAUAUCAAAUUGGUAUUGCUUGUCAGUACCACGAAGAAAUCGACAAAAGUAAAUACUGUACUCAAUCGUACGUGACACGUUGGGGUUAUAUGUUCUCGGAUUAUAUGUGUCGUGAUAUUGCCAUACCUUUGAUACAGGGACGUCAUUGUCCUCAAAAUACCAAUUUACAUGCCAUCAUAACACCAGCACCCAGUACUUGCCCGGACAAUACUUCUUAUAUAUCCAUGGGUACCACUUCAUCGUAUGCCACCAAAGCAGUGGCUGGUUCGAAAAUUUACUACGAAGAUCAAAAAUCUGCCAUAUCUGAUGGUGAAAAUAAAAACUAUGUUAAUAACUUUCCCGCCUUGGGUGGAGCUCGCAAAAAGGUGCCCAAUGCUAGCAGCUCCGUUACACCAAAACAUUUCAAAAAGUGCUCUGCUACAGAUGUGGUAGUGGAAGAUGAUUGUAAGAACCUUAACCCCUGGACUUCACGUUCACGCAAUGUACCGCGUGAACCUGAUACUACACACUUUACCAUUGAUUAUACGCGUGAUGAAUCGGAUUUUGAUGAUUUUAAUUCGGUGGCUAGCUUUGGUCGUGGACGUGGCUCUUACAUUAGCACCACAUUGAAUUCUUCAAAUACUACUACCGCUUCGGGACGUGGACGUUUUAUACGUCAGUAAGAUUUAAGUUAAGGAUUUUUUUUAAACAUUUAUCUAAAGUGUUGCUACAAUACUUGAAAGCUUUAAUUCAUAAUCCCGUUUUUAUAACUCCAUUUUUUUAUUAUUUAAUAAGUUUUGAAAUGCCUGAAGAGUGUUUAUUUUCGGUUUUUUUGAUAGUUCAUAGUUUAUCUCUUUUUAAUGGUCUUAACUCAAUUGGUUUUUGUAGGACCUUAAAGAAUAUGUAAUAAUAAUAAAAAUACAAAUAUUUUUGGAAA